AUGGGAGACUAUGGAGAGAGGGGUGAUUCCGAGGUGGUGAAAGAGGACCUGAGGACACUCGGCGUGGAUCGGCAGUUCAGGCGAGACGUAGUGUUUCGCAGAAUAUGGAAUAGCAACGAAUGGAUUGAUUCUGUGCAAGGUCUCGCAGAAGAUCGAGAAGGUUGGGCAGAGCUGUGUUCAAGGAUGGCACACCUCUGCGGAGAUGCGGGGAAUCGCGUCAGGCGAUGA